AUGACAAAAAUGAAACUCCAUUUGGGUCGUAUGAGUUUUUGGAAAUAUUAUAUAAAGUGGGACUAUCACGGCGAAAAAUCUAGGUCUCCAGUUGUAGAAGUAGAUAUUGUUGUGCCACAGGAGGGUAUGGAAAACGUUAUUGAAGACAUUAAAGGGGAGCGUAUGGAAGAAGAUACAUACCAUAACCAACAUAUGUCGGGUGGAAAUUCUAGCGGUGUUGAUGACGAUUUUGAAGCCCUGCUAGAGGAAGUUGAAACAGAAUUAUAUUCUGGUUGUACUGAGUUUUCUUCCCUUGAUUUUUUAGCAAAGCUUAUGAAUCUAAAGGAGAUGCACCAUUGGACUAAUAUUUCAUUUGAUCAUCUACUCGUGUUGUUGCAAGUUUCAAUGCCAAAAGGCAGCAUGAUUCCCCCUACGCAUUAUGUAGCUAAGAAGACAUUUAAGAAGAUUGGUUUGGCGUAUGAGAUGAUGGACGCGUGCGUAAAUGAUUGUGCUCUCUUCUGGAAAGAACACAAUUGUUGCAAAAUUGUCCCGUUUGUAAUGAGAGUCCAUGGGUCGAUAAAGAAACAAAAGGCACGAAGGCACACGACAAAAGAUAUGAUAUGGCAUAGUACCGAACGUUCAGAAGAUGGGACUAUGCGGCAUCUAGUUGAUGGAUCUUCAUGGCAAGACUUAGAUAGAAAGUACCCAAACUUCGCGAUGGAGCCACAAAAUGUUCGUCUGGGGCUUGCAGCUGACGGUGUUAAUAUGUUUAACGGUAACGGAUCCUCGACUCAUAGCACGUGGCCGGUUAUACUCACCACAUACAAUCUGCCUCCAUGGGUAUGCAUGCGGGAGUCCACCUUCAUGUUGACCUUGUUGCUUCCCGACCCUAAAUCACAUGGGAAAGACAUGGAUGUUUACGUUAGACCGUUAGUGGAUGAGCUUAAACAAUUGUGGCACCCAGGUGUAUGUACUAAAGAUGCAACAACAAACGAAUUCUUCACAAUGAAGGCGGCAUUGUUAUGGACCAUAAACGACUUUCCAGCCCAUAGUAGUCUAAAAGGUUGGAGCGGACAGGGCUACAUGGCAUGCCCGACUUGCAACGAAGACACUCCUUCAAUGCGUGUAACUGGUAAAUGUGUGUAUGUUGGUCAUCGCCGGUUCUUAGAUGCCAACCAUUCAUGGAGAACAAGUGUCGACUUUAACGGGAGACCCGAGACACGAGACCCUUCGAGACAGUUUAGUUCUGCUGACAUAGAAGCUCAACACGGUCGUCUACUUCAUCGUCUACCAGGCAAGCAUCCAGCUUUUGGAGGUGGGAGGAUAAAUCGGGCAGAUUUCGAGCUGAACUGGUCCAAACAAAGCAUAUCUUUCGAACUUGAGUAUUGGUCUUCUUUGCAGCAGAAGCACAACUUAUAUGUAAAGCAUAUGGAGAAAAAUGUGUGCGAGAGCUUGCUUGGUACUCUCUUAAUGAAUGACAAGACCAAAGACAUGUGA